AUGCCGGUUGACCUCAGUAUUAGAUUAAAGAAGAAAGUGGUGACUUUCGAUGGUAUUGAUAAACUUGAAAUACCCAUCGUGAUGUAUCCACCACUCAAACUUCGAUCUUCUCUUUAUGAUAAGGAUCCGGUAAUAUGGGUUCACCUACUCGAAACCUAUAUUCAACUUUUUCAUCUUUUGCUUUCUUUCGAUAAUGAUGAAACAUUGCUGGUCCAUAUUGAGGCCAAUACCAUUACGCAAAUGAAAGCGUUAAUCCAAAAAUAUUUAUACGAAAGCUCACUAGAACAGGGUCAGGUAUUGACAUUGGGGUCCGUUAAUCCACAGAUCAAUGAACAUAACAAAACCUUGAGAUCCUUGGUAUUUAAACUUAUUGAGAAAUAUGGAUUGUUGUACUUUGGUAUUAGUGGCGAGACAUUGUGGCACUUUAUCAGGGUUUACAUUAAAGGCAAUUCGCUUGCAGUUAGAGAUUUAAUAAUACCCAAUGGGAAGGCAGUGAGUUUGAUCCCUUCCCUUGUACUGGCUCUUGAAGAUUUGUUGGCUAAUGAUAAAUUUCAUAAGGAUCAAAUCCACUACUAUGGUUUGAUGCUUGGAGUGAUGAACCAACUCAACAAUCAGCGUGGUCCAAAAGCUGCUGAAAAUAAGAAGCUUAGUCACUUCGACAAAAGAGUUCAGAAGUUUGUCAAUUUGUUUGUAAAUGCUAAGUUGAUCCAAAUUCUUGAGAGAUAUUAUGGUGACGGUAAAAGUAUCCACUCCAAUGCAUCGAAAACUUUGAUGGUAUUAACAAUAUUGAGUUGUUCUCUUGAGAAAUUGCAUAAAUUGGCCGAAGGAGAACUCUUUAACAAGUUGAGAUUCAAAGAUAAGCACAAUUUCUUUUUGAAAUAUCCUUUAUUUUACGGUAUUAUCCGAUCAGAAUUUAUUGUCAACUAUUUCAAUCGACAAGAACUUGAGUCAUCAUUGAGCUUCUUAUUCCCUAACAAGUAUCUGGCAGAUAUUCAAAAGAAGAUUGACCAAAUAAUUGAAAUGUUUCCUCAGUUAUCAAUGUACCAAGGAAACUAUUUAUUAAAACAGUACGAAAAUGAUGCUAAUAAAGUGACCAAUGCAUUGUUAGAAGAUUCCUCCAUCAUCAGCAAGAUACCGGAAAAGAAAAUGAAAUCAUCCGAGAAGAAUACCUCGACUCGUGGUAAAUCUAAAUACGAUGAAGAUGAUUUUGCCAAAUUGAAAUUCAAUUCCAAGAACGUUAUCUUGGGGAAGAAGGAGAAAUUGACCAGUGCUACACUUGAUGAAAAGUAUGAGGAUGUUCGAGAGGAUUUGAAGAAGAAAACAUUAAUCAAAGCAUUGGCCUCCUUAUAUGAGAGUGAUGAGGAUGAACCUGAUGAUUCUUACCUUGAUGCCGAAAUUAUCAAUAGUGAGCAAAUACAAAAUAAUAAGUCAGAUAAUCAGGCAGGCAAAGGGAAAGUAAAGACCAAGUUCAAUCAAAAGGAUUUUAAUAAAAAAAUGGAAGAAGAGCAAGAAAAAAUUGAAAACCUGACUAUUGCUGCUCCAUAUAAUAAUGCCCCAAGAAAUAAUUAUAACAGCUUCUCAAGAAAUAAUAAUACCGCCCCAAGAAAUGCCAGGAAUUCUAGUGCCCAGCAAAACAGAGACUCAAAUAAGGACAGGAAAGAGGAUGCCAAAAGGGAAAAUAAUGAUUCUAAACCAAAAAGUGGAAAGACCACUGAGGGCGAAAGGAAGAAGUAUAAUCGAAAUGAGAAGAAUAAAAGUAAGGUCGCUAAUCAUAAUAGAAAAGCAGGACAUGACAAGAAAAUGGCCAAAGCUUUUUAA